AUGAGUAAUGAAGGGGUAGAAGAAAGAGUUUUGGGAUUUGUAGAUGUCAGUCAUGAUCGCUCUGCUAAGUGUUUAGCUGAGCAUGUUUUUCGUUUAUUAAAUGAAUAUAAAUGCAUAGAUAAAUUAGUUGCACAGACUUAUGACGGGGCUUCUGUCAUGUCAGGACAACAUAACGGUUUACAGACAUUAGUUCGCUCAAAAUGUAAAAACGCGAUAUUUGUACAUUGUUAUGCUCAUAAACUAAAUUUAAUAUUAAAACAAUCAGUUGAUUAUAUAAAGGAAUGUAAAAUAUUUUUCACCACGCUCUCUGGCCUUUCAUCAUUUUUUUCAAAAUCAACAAAAAGAAUUCAUGCACUUGAUCAAGAAGUCAAAAAGAGAUUUCCGUCUGUGGCUCCAACACGAUGGAAUUAUAAUAGUAGACUUAUUGAAAUGAUGACUGAGUACAGAGAAGAAGUUUUAAAUCUCAUGAACUCAAUCGUAGAAAAUGGUGAAAAAUGGGAUAGUGAAACAUUAUUGUGCGCUAAAGGAUUUUGUCAAACGAUUCAAGAUUUUGACUUCAAUUUUUUCCUUAUAAUAUUUGGAAAUAUUUUACCUCAAUAUCAUACAGAUUUACCGUUAAGAUCGAAAAGGCAAAGAGUGACUGAUGUAUCUGUAGAUAGAAAAACAAAUUAUCGAAGGCUCUAUUUUGAAAUCAUCGACGUAUUAAUUUCAAAAACUAAUGAAAGAUUUACAGAGAUAACUCAACUGACUUUUUUUUCUUUAUUAGAUUUUUCUAAAUUUGAACAGUAUAUCAACAAAUUUCCUACAAAUGCAAUGGACUCGUUGAAAGAUAAAUAUGGUGAAUAUUUUGAUUUUGCAAUUCUACGAAGUGAACUUUCUAUUAUAUACUCAUCAACUGAAUUUCAUAAACAACAAGUGCAGGAGCUGAACGCUCAUUUUCCUGCUUAA